AUGGAUAAACUUCAAAGUGACAAACAAAAUUCAAACAGUAAAAAAGACACCAAAAAUAUAUUUGUUCGUCCAAUUUUUCUAAAAACGGCAAAAUUUCAGACUAAACGUGUUCGAAAUAUUUUUAGAAGUGUUAAGAGUUUGUUCAAAAGGCUUACAGUGACGAUGGCAAGUAAGAGACUCCCCUUCAAAAAGCCACGGGAACUACCUGACAAGACUGUGGAACUGCCGGAGGUGGCUCUAGCAGCUAUCGCAUCUUACAAGAAGCAGAAAGAAGUGGGUGACUUCAUCAAUUUCUUGCUGGCAGCGUUAGAUCGAAACUCAAAUUGGUUGAACACGGUAGUCGGUAGACAGAACAACUUUAGAUGCGUGUUAAUGGUCGGAGCGGGCCCCAAUCGCUUCCAGCUUCAAGAAGUCAUUUAUCCAUCUGGAGGCAGUGACAUUAAACUGGAAGUAGAACUUAAAGACUCUGAAGAUCAUGAUAAAAUAGCUAUCGCAGCUUUAGUAAAACUGACAAACCUUGAACUAGACCACCUCCUAAAAUACUUGAAGACUCGCCUAUGUGACAACACGAUGUUGCGUGAGGAUCUUCUCAAAGGCAAAGCGUUGGGCAUAAGUUUUGCCGUCCUGAGGCCAUUCUGCGAUAAACAGUAUCGUGUAAUAGAAAGGAUUGUUGUCGGGAGCUCCAUGAAAUGUGUUACCCCCAUGAUAAAAAAACGACGAAGGGAUGAAAAAAUUCUCGUCGAACCUCCAUUUAAGAAGACCAGAAAAGUCACAUAG